AUGGCUGGAUCGGCGUUACGACGUUUAAUUGCUGAAUAUAAACAAUUGACAAAUAAUCCACCAGAUGGAAUUUUAGCUGGACCUCUUAGUGAUGAGAAUUUUUUUGAAUGGGAAGCACUUAUAACAGGACCGAGUGGUACAUCAUUUGAAUAUGGAGUAUUUGUUACUCGUCUUCAUUUUCCAAGUGAUUAUCCAUUAAGUCCACCAAAAAUGAAAUUUAUGAGUGAAAUUUUUCAUCCGAAUGUUUAUCCUGAUGGAAGAGUGUGUAUUUCAAUUUUACAUGCACCUGGUGAUGAUCCAAUGGGCUAUGAAACAAGUGCCGAACGAUG